AAAUCACUCGCUUUUAUCUGAAAAUUAUUACUACAAAUGCAAACCUCAAUUUAAUCCAAAUUUUUUUUUAGUGUAUUGAAAUAAUGAAACAAAAGUGUCAAAAUCAUUUUUCAUAAUUUUAAAAUCACAAUUUGUUUUAUUUACAAACAAAAAUAAAUAUUGCCGCAAAAUUACUGUUUUAAAUUCAUGGAAAAGGCCUCCAGCUCCAGCCGCUCACAUGCACUGCAAACACAGGAAUAGUAUCUAAUACAAAUUAGAGUGUGGCAUUGCCAAAUUAACCUUUGUCAUGUGCUAUUCCAUUGAGGAUACAGCUUUUGCUCUGGCCUAUGCAAGUUUAGCAUUUUGGGCAUUUUGCUCAUUAUUUCAUGCAUUGGUUCUCUUGGUGCAUGCGAGUUUGGAUACCACCGUGCCGCGUCGUUGUGAUACGGCCUUAAUUAGAUAUGUGAAGACUAUACCCGUCGAGUUUCACUUCAAUUCGCUGUUUGCUGAUUUACUACGCACUGGAGUCUCAUUUAUACUACUCAAAGCAAUAAAUGAGUGCAACACUAAUAUGCUUGUGAACUUUUUGCGCUUUAAAUAUAUUGAAAUAUUUCUUCUUCUAAUUUUAUUUACUGUCAGCUGCUACAGUGAAGAAGCGAAUGCCUUUGUGAAGGCUUACUAUACGAUAUCGCUGGUUUUAGAUUUGGCAGUGCUGUAUAUUAUAUUCAUAUAUUGCUGCGAGCUCUUAGCUAAUAAAUGAGCCAGAAAUGAAGAAAGUUUUUUAAAUGGGUAUCUAUAUGUGUGUGUGGGUAGCUGCGUUCAAAAAUUCAAAAUUAAACAGAAGAAUUAUGCAUAUGCGAUUUAUUAAAGAUAUAUUCUACUAAUUUAAUUUGUGUUGUUAAAGUAAUAAAAUAAAUGAAAAUAUAAAAAAAUUA